AUGACUGCAGAACUCGGUCUCUACGGCCCCGGCCCCGACGUUCUGUCUGCUGCAGACCCUACAGCCGCCGAUCCCUCCCCAGUCUUUUACAACAACCCUUUAGUGCCAGACUGGCUGGAGCUGCCGGCUUCUCUUGGACACGAUGAACAAAGCUUUGAAUCUCUAUUAGGACCUACCUCCUCGUGGCCUCCUAAACCCGCUUCCAACGAGACGACACCUACCCAACCACAAACCCCGAAGCGAUCGGGACGACGCAACAACCCCCCCAAACCCAAGAACAAUGCAAGCAAGGAAGAAAAAGAAAAACGGGAGAAAUUCCUCGAACGAAACCGCAUGGCCGCCAGUAAAUGUCGGCAAAAGAAGCGUCAGAACACAAACCGACUGCAAGGCCAGUUCCAAGUGGCCGCGGAGAACAAGGCCAGGCUCGAGGCCGAGGUGGCCCAGCUUCACGGGGAGGUCUUAUACCUGAAAGACGAACUCCUGAGACACUCGCAGUGCGAUGACCAGGCCAUCAAGACAUACCUGCAGCAGAUGGUCAGCCAGGUCACGCACCGGGAGGAUCGCAUCCUGCGGACGCCGGAGUUGAGUGAUCCUACGGGACCACUAUCCUCGUCGCCGGAUAGCUCGAUUGCCACCCAGCAACAAGAGCAGCAGGCAGGGCUGGACUUUGACGAAUCUCUGCAGCUGUCAGACUCGGCCAUGCAGGAGCUUGACACCGCUCGUCGCGAUUCGGAGCAGAGUCUUCUGAGCACCACUUGCACCUUGUUCUCGGAUGCGAGCAUCGACGAUAUGAUUGAUUUUGCUUGA